AUGACCAAAAUCAUCCCGUUUUUGCCCUUACUUCCAUACACGGUGUACGUGCUCACAGUGAAGAAGGGCUCCGCGUCGUGGGUCGUGUUUCGGCGGUACCGCGAGUGGGAGGACCUCCGCACGACGCUCCUGCAGCAGCUCGGAUCCGCGCCGCCCAUGCCGCCCAAGGCUCUGUUUGGGCGCAUGCGGCCAGAGGUUAUCGAGGCGAACCCUUCCGCCGCCGGCUCCGCACUGGGCCCGCGGCGCGCCCUCACGCGCGACUUUCUGGAGAAGAACACGCCCCCGCCCGGGCUCGAGGCUGCGCUCGUCGACGCGGCGCACGACCCGGGCGCCACGCCCGCCUCGGCCGACGCAGGCGGAGGGCCGCAGCGGCAGCGGCUCAAGGAGCUCGUCGAAGCCACAGAGGUGCUCGUGCCCAUCGCAUCGUAA